AAUAACACGAAGUCAGUCGUCUGGGUGAUUUACAAAGGACGCGUCGCAGUUCUAGAAUUUAUAAUGAUUAAAUUUAAAGUAAUUAUUUUUCUUACAAUUGUGCUUACGUGUAGCGGACAUUUGCGACUUUUCGGUGAUAUACUUUCGAGCACUCAUGAGAAAAUACAUUCUACUGUUCAUGAUAUAGCUGGUUCAGUACUGGGGGGACUGUCCCAUGGUAUUAAUCUCAACAUAGAAGGCCAUGUUGGCGUUAAUGAACAACGACGACCCGAUCCAGGAUUCCAUCAGAACCCUCAUCAAAAUGGAUACAAUCCAGUUCCACCAGGUUCUCAGAACGUAGAUAAAGUUAUUGUUAUUAUUAAAGAAGAAGAUAAUUAUAAUAGAAGACCUGAUCAACCAAAUAGGCCUCCGUACAAUGAAUACAGACCAAAUAACCAACGCCCAAAUUAUGAUAAUUCAAAUGGACAGGGGAAUUACAAUAACGGACAAUCAAAUUAUGGAAACCCAAAUAAUAACUACCAAGGAAAUGAUAAUCAAGGUAAUUAUGGACGACCGAACGGUAAUAAUUACAACCAAAAUAAUUACGAGAGACCCAAUAAUAUCCCUAACAAUAACAAUGACAAUCAAAAUCACUACGGAACAAUUAAUACACCAGAAAAGGUCACCACAAAGCAACCUUAUUAUCCUCCGGUUGAAACUACAACGAAAAAGCUAAAUAAUGAUGAACCAUUUUUCGUCCCACUAAGUCCGGAUGAGUACAACUAUGGCGGACAGAAAAUUAACAUCACAGAACCAAAGCGCGAAACGAAUAAAGACAUACAGAAACAAAUUCAGGACGGAGUGGGGAACCUUGAUAUAAGAUUUAACGAUAAUUAAUAAGUAGUUUUAUACGAAGAUUUUUCACUUUUAAUAUAUUUAUGAUAAUAAAAAUAUAAUGUUU